CUGGGAAGUGGGGAUGACACAGAUACCAAGUCCUAGUCUGAGCUGCCGUUACAUUCAGGAGAAACGGCAGUGUCUGCGGCUCCCACUCUCAGAGGGGACCUAGGGUGUUGGGGGAGAUGGUGUCAGGGACAUGGACUCCAACCCCCAAGGGUCUCUGCUGCCGGCUACUCUCCUCUUCAGGCUCUGGGGCCGUGAGAGCCUAGGGAAGGACCCUGGACAUCCCGUCUCUCCGGGAAGAUUUUAACACAGAGUUCUUCUCAGGGGGAAGAAUUUGAAGCAAAACCAGACCCCGCAGGAUCCCCGCUGCGGCCGCCAUGGCGCAGGAGAACGCUGCUUUCUCUCCCGGGUCGGAGGAGCCACCGCGGCGCCGCGGUCGCCAGCGCUACGUGGAGAAGGACGGGCGCUGCAACGUACAGCAGGGCAACGUCCGCGAGACCUACCGCUACCUGACCGACCUGUUCACCACGCUGGUGGACCUGCAGUGGCGCCUCAGCCUGCUCUUCUUCGUGCUCGCCUACGCGCUCACCUGGCUCUUCUUCGGCGCCAUCUGGUGGCUCAUCGCCUACGGCCGCGGCGACCUGGAGCACCUGGAGGACACCGCGUGGACCCCGUGCGUCAACAACCUCAACGGCUUCGUGGCCGCCUUCCUCUUCUCCAUCGAGACAGAAACCACCAUCGGCUAUGGGCACCGUGUCAUCACCGACCAGUGCCCCGAGGGCAUCGUGCUGCUGCUGUUGCAAGCCAUCCUGGGCUCCAUGGUGAACGCUUUCAUGGUGGGCUGCAUGUUCGUCAAGAUCUCGCAGCCCAACAAGCGCGCCGCCACGCUCGUCUUCUCCUCGCACGCCGUGGUGUCUCUGCGCGACGGGCGCCUCUGUCUCAUGUUUCGCGUGGGGGACCUGCGAUCCUCGCACAUCGUCGAGGCCUCCAUCCGCGCCAAGCUCAUCCGCUCGCGCCAGACGCUCGAGGGCGAGUUCAUCCCUCUGCACCAGACCGACCUCAGCGUGGGCUUCGACACGGGGGACGACCGCCUCUUCCUCGUCUCACCUCUCGUCAUCAGCCAUGAGAUCGACGCCGCCAGCCCCUUCUGGGAGGCAUCGCGCCGCGCCCUCGAGAGGGACGACUUCGAGAUCGUAGUCAUUCUCGAGGGCAUGGUGGAAGCCACGGGAAUGACGUGCCAAGCUCGAAGCUCGUACCUGGUAGACGAAGUAUUGUGGGGCCACCGAUUCACAUCGGUGCUCACCCUGGAGGACGGUUUCUAUGAGGUGGACUACGCUAGCUUCCAUGAAACCUUUGAGGUGCCCACACCCUCAUGCAGUGCUCGGGAACUGGCAGAAGCUGCAGCCCGCCUUGACGCCCAUCUCUACUGGUCCAUCCCCAGCAGGCUGGAUGAGAAGGUGGAGGAAGAAGGGGCUGGGGAGGGGGCAGGCGCAGGAGAUGGAGCUGACAAGGAGCAAAAUGGCUGCCUGCCACCCCCGGAGAGUGAGUCCAAGGUGUGACUGGUUUUCUACAACCCCCUGUGGCAGACCAGGGGGCCAGACGCAGGUCCAUGGAGGCUGCAGAAUGGAGAUGUAAGAAGAGGAGGCAGGCAGUGUCCCACGGAAUGGCUAACGUUGGGAGAGGCCCACUGAGUCCAGGAUCCAGUGGGGAAGGCCCAAGGUCCUGGUUUGAAGAAAAUAGAGGGUGGGGGUGGUGAGAGAUCGUAUCAGUCUGUCUGUGUUUGACUUUUACAUCUGUUCAUGGGUGGAUGGAUAGACAGAAGGAUGGGCUUAUGGGGGUUGAAUGGGAAGGUGGGCAGAAAGAGACAGUCAAUGGAUA